AUGGAAUCUUGGCCUACACCAGAAAAACAUUGGCAGCAGAUUCAUGCAGACUAUGCUGGACCAGUCGACGGUAAUUACUAUUUGAUUGUUGUCGACGCAUUCAUGGCCAUGUUCCAUGAAAUCUUUUCCAGAAAUGGAAUGCCGGAAACAUUGAUUACAGACAACGGUACACAGUUCACCAGUGAAGAUUUUGAAGCCUUUUGCAGUAACAGUGGCAUCCUACAUUUAAAAACGCCGCCGUAUCAUCCACAGUCAAACGAACUAGCCGAGAGAUUUGUCGACACAUUCAAGCGAGGAAUUCGUAAAAUCACAUCGGGGGAGGAACACUCCUCGAUGCUAUUGACACUCCCUCUGUGCUACUGCUCCACUCCUUGUCGUAGCGCACCUGAAGGGAAGUCACCAGCAGAGCUGUUACUGGGCAGAAAACUACGGACAUCACUGGAUCUACUGAAACUACCAACUCCGUUCUACAAGCAAGUCGAAUCAAAGCAAGAAAGUCAGUUCAACCAUAAGCAUGGCACGAAAGCAAGAAACUACGAUGCAGAAGAGCUAGUUUCGACGAAAGUACAUCGAAACAAUGCCAGGUCAUGGGAACCCGGUAAAGUACUAGAACGGAUUGGUCGAGUCAUCUACAACCUGUGGCUACCGGAAAAGCAAAACCUUAGUAGAUCACACUGCAAUCAACUGAAGAAGCGGUAUGAAUCAGAACAACUAGCAUCAACAGCGCAAAACAAGUGUACUCAAAUUGCGCUCACUACUGUACCAGUAGUACCAGAACCAUCCGAACCGUUGCAGUCAGCUUCAGCAAGCAGCAAUAUCCUCAAUGAACUAGGUUCAUCGCUGAGCACCAGUCAAGCCACCAAGAGCUACUAUUCAGCAGGAACCGAGCCAGCUUCGCCAGUCUUCGAGAACCAGAAGACAACCCGUGAGGUAUGA